AUGUAUCCAGGAACUCGACGAAAAAAGCGUACAGAUAGUAUGAAAGUGACUACUGGGGAACGGGAAUCUGAAGCAGAAGAAGAAGAAGAUGAUGAUGAUGAUGGUGAUCAUUCGCAUUCGAAAAUCAAACAUCAAACGAGAGAUCCGUCAAAAUCGACUCAUUCUGCUGCGAUUGCUUCGUUGUUCAGCCUUGCAAUGCCUACAACUACCGAACAUGACCGACAAUUACCUAAUGCAGCGGCCCUUCAAGUUGCGCAUAUACUCGAAAGUUCAGAUCUUCAGGAAAUUGCUCGACUCGAUUGGGUUGAACAAAUUCAAUACUUUGUUACCGAACGUUCACAUCUCAUCAAUCAGCUCGAACAUAUUCGAACACAAUUCGACAAACAAUACAAUUCAUUAAAGCGUCGACUUGAUGAAAGCGAAACGAAAAAUGAACGUCUCACCGCUCAACAUCGAUCAGCGACAAAACAACUUCUUCUGUAUAAAAAUCUCAUCGAAGCUCCUGAAAACUCUGAUUCUCCAACUCCGAAAAAAGAUUAUCAACAAUUGAAACAAACCAUUGAUUCCAUCGUCAAAGAAAACAACCAUCUAUACGCCGAAUUACAAGAAUUCAUAACCAGCGAUCCCGUCUAUGAUCAAGUGAAGCUACUUGAAACCACCAAUCGACAUUUACAACAAGAAUUACUUCAAAGCAGCAAUCAAAACGCUCAAUUAAAGAAGCUUAUCAACGUCGAUGAAAUCAAACAUUUGAAAACUCUUCUCGCCAAAACCUCCGAUGAAUGCGAACAAUUGCGAUUAUUAAAUAAAAAACUGGUUAACGAAAUUGAGCAUCGACGAGGACAAACACAAACUUCAUCACCCAAACAGGUACAAAUCUAUCUUCAUCCACCAUCACAACGUUCACCCACAUCAAGUCCAAAACUUACCGACGAACAAAAUUCACAAUUGACAAUACAAAAUCUUCGUCAACUCGACUUAACCACACAUUUGCCAUUACCAUCAUCAUCGACUCUAUCAACAUCAGCAAACCUGACCGAAUUACACGAACACGUUCAGUUGUUAGAACAAAAGUUACAGCAGCGAGACCAUGAGUUACAUACUUUACAGCUUGAAAUUGAAAAAGGUACGAGUUCAAUCAUGAGUUCGAUCGAAGAUCUGUGCAUCGCAUCGAAUUCCGUCUCUCCCGUCCCACACUCUCCGAUGAUUCGUGCGAAAUCCACAUCCAGUCAACUAAAACCAACAAUUGAAGAAUUGCAGAAUGAAAUUGACCAAUUGCAUGAUAAAUUAGAUGAAAUAACACGUGAAAAUCAAACAUUGAGAAAUCGAACACGAGAAUUCGACACGAUCUAUGAAGAAAAUGAAUAUUUGUAUGCUGAGAAAAGCGUUCGAAACGAAGAAAUGGAACGUGCACGUAUCCGUGAAUUAGUUUUAGAACAGGAAAUUCGAACAUUGAAAGAACGCGAAAAGGAAUUUCUUGUCACAAGUGACACCACACCCGAAAGUUCGAAUAUCACGCAACUAAAACUAAAAAUCGAUUGGUUACAUCGAACAAAUAACGAAUUAGAACUCGAAAACGUUCGAGUGCGUGAACAACUCGAUUUUUUGUCCGAAAAAUGUCAAGAUUUGAAAAACGAACUUAUCCACAAAGAUGAACAUCACAAGCAAAUCCUAUCUGUUGCCGAAGAUCAACAGCAGCUACCUCAAGAACUAAUCCGAUUGGAAAAAAUGAAAAUCAAUCUCGAACAUCAAAUCGAACAAGAUCGACAAGACUACGAGAGAACUCUUCAAGCCAUGGAAGAACACAAUGAAAAACGAGAACAAAAAUACAGUACGCUCUACGAUACAAUUCUCAAACUUCAAAAUGAUUACCGUCAGAAAGAAUUGGAUUAUGUUCAACAAAUGGAUGAUAUUGUCAAACAACGCACAGAACUUCAUACACAAUUAACAACACUUCAGAAUGAACAUAAACAAAUUCAACAAGAGAACAAAUCUUUGAAAGAUGAAAUCAAAUCGAAAGACGAAAUCAAUCGCGAUCUGAAAUCAGCAUUAGCAUCAUCAAACAAUGAUUCACAAUCAACUUAUACUCAAUUACGACAGGCCAACAGCAAUCUCACUGAAUUACAGAAAAAAUACGAUCGAGAUCUGGCCGAUCGAAACAAACAAAUCGAAACGUUACAUAAUCAGCACAAACAGAUGAUGACGAAUUAUGAUGAAGGUUUAUUGAAAACUCAUCAAACAAUUAUUCAAUUGCAACAUGAAAAUAAACAAUACUCGAAUCAAAUCGAAUCGUACCGAUCGAAUCUUGAAAAACUUCAGUCUGAACUGAAUGAAAAGAAACAAUUUAUCGAACAAGUUCAAAGUGAUCUAACCGAACGAUCAGCGUUACAUGUGAAUAUUAAUAAUCAACUAGCACAAGAAAACAAAGCGCGAAUGACGAAAAUCUCCGAUUUAGAACACGCAAUUGCUCAAGAACAGCUACAAAAAAUGGAAUGUCAACGAACAAUUCAAGAUUUACAAAUGGAAUUAUUGAAAUCUCGAGCAAUAGCAAAGGAAUCUUUGGAAAAAAGUCAAGAAUUAGAACGACGUCUUCAUGAAACAGAUAAAAAUUUCGAAGAAACAAUUCGAAAUCAUCUCACUGAAUCCACCGAACCAACUAGACGUGAAUUAAUGUCGUUAAGAGCAGAAUUAGUUACAAAAUCUGACCAAGUCACUCUUCUACAAUACGCGCUCGACGAAGAAAAACUCAAACGACAAAGACUUGAAAUGAAAUUAAAACGUUUGAAAGAAGAAUAUAUCAAUGUUCGAAAAGAAUUAUACAAUCGAAUUGAGGAAAUCAACGGUCUUCAACACGAAUUAGUAGAAUGUCGAUUUAAAAAUGAGUAUAAUCUUCAUUUAACUAAUCAAACAUUCAGUUCGAUAAAAUCUACGAAUGAAACUGAGCCAUCGACAGCAGUUCAACUUUAUCUGAAAGAAAAAACUGAUAAUCAACAAUGGCAAUUGAAAUGUCGAACAUAUCAACAAAAAGUCGAACAUUUACAACGAAAUUACGACUUAACAAAAGGAAAGUACAAAGAACGUUUACGCGAAGAACGAGAACUGUUCGAACGUACGAAACGAAAAUAUCUUGAUCAUUUAAAAAACGUUCAACGAGAUCUUCACGAGACUCGUCAAUUGUUAGAAAAAGAUGCCGAAUUAAAAUUUCAUCAGGAAUCCGCCUAUCAACAAUUGAUUGACGAACGACGACAGUUACUAACGAGUAUGGUGGACAAAGACGCGAAAGUUCGCGAGAUGCGUCGAGAAAAUCUGUUACUAACAUCGAAAAUUCAGCUAUUAGAAGAUCAAAUGGAGAAUCUCAAUGAACGUGUCGAUCGAACAUUGCGCGAACGAAGUCAAUUCCGUCGAGAUAUCGGAACUGUCCGAUUGGAUAGUAACCUUUCUAUAGAAACAGCAUCUCGGUCAUCGACAAGUCCAUCGCCCACUCGAGCAAUAACUUAUACGGAAACAAAUACGAGAAAUCAACCGAUUCAUCAUACGGAAUCAUUUGGAUUCGAUAAUAUUCGAACAAUGUCGCCGUCUUGA